AUUGUCAGCCAAGACGAGACUCGAACCUCAACGUCCCCGAUUUCCAAAACCCCAAAACCUCUCAACCGCCCUCAACACCUCCUACAUAGACUGUUACGGACCGAAGCCGGCGAGGCGCGUGGCCAUCUGAAGAAAUCCGCUUCCGAGAGGCCAACAUAAUCCUUUUGUCUACGAGAGCAAGCUUCCAUUCUACUCUUGCAAGGGGUACCUCUGCCUUGGAAAUGGGUUGGAAAGCGGCUGAGAAGCUAAUUAGACAUUGGAAGAUUCUCAGGGGAGAUAAUGUGAUGAUAACUAGGGGCAAAGAUAAAGGUGAGACCGGUGUUAUUAAACGUGUUAUUCGCUCGCAGAAUCGUGUUAUUGUUGAAGGCAAAAAUCUGGUUAAGAAACAUAUCAAGCAAGGGCAGGGUCAUGAAGGUGGAAUUUUUACGGUUGAAGCCCCUCUUCAUGCCUCAAAUGUUCAGGUUCUUGAUCCAGUUACAGGGAAGCCUUGUAAGGUUGGUACUAGGUAUCUUGAAGAUGGCACAAAAGUAAGAGUAUCCAGAGGUCUGGGAGCAUCCAGUUCCAUAAUUCCACGACCUGAAAUCUUGAAGAUAAGAACUACACCAAGACCUACAGUUGCUGGUCCCAAGGAUACUCCAUUGGAUGUUGUGCUGGAGAAAACUUAUGAUGCUAAAACAGGAAUAGGCAUGCCAGACCUUUGAGAGAACUGCUUUCUCUUAUCAUUUUUGCCGUGGAAAAUGAAAAUGUUGCAGAGAAGAUGGGUCAUGCAAGUUGUCAGAUGUGAGAAAUGACUGAAUAUUCCUCGUCUUUGUUAUUGCUUCUUUGAUUACUGGAUUUUACUCUAUUCUUGUAUGAACCAUCUGAAAGUACGCGUUGCUACGUUAUUCGUGUAAUGCUUUUGAAUAACAACAGUUCAGAUGUUGUGAUA